CCGAUUCAGGUUAUUUUUUGGUUGCUUCUAGCUUUUCCUUUGAAUUUCUCUUUCUGCUUUUUUGACUUAAUAGCUGUUGUUGAUCAAACGCGUGUCUCACGAGAAUGACCAUCUUUGGGAGACCUGCAUCAGUCGAUUCUUUUGAGCGCCGUUCCAGACACUACUUGAAAGCGAUACCCUAUUUAGCAGCUGAUAGUCCCACCUUCAUUUUGCUGCCUAGCCUUCUGAAACCUGAUAUUUCAUCCUUACAACACAAGCGUCAUGCGCUAAAAACGCCAACACGAUGAGGACAAUCACCACACGUUGAGUUCCGGGGCAAUCGGCGAGGAGUCCUGUUAAGCUAAUGCCGCCAACCCAGUUCCUCAUUGCUCAUCGCGUUUGCUGGUCUACGAUUCGGACGAAUAACCAGUAGGCCACUUUGACGUUAACUGAGCCAAGUGGCCUGGUCGAGAGUGAGCUGCGGCAGGCAGAAAUCAUGAAAUAAAAAGGACGGUUUUUCGACGAGUUUAUC